UGUGAAACAGUUUCCAAAUUUGUUUUGUCUUCGACUUAAAUUUUCGCUACUGUUUGCUCUACGGUCUCAAAUAAUUUUCAACGGACCUUUAACUACAAACAACAGUCAUGCCUUCCUAUACUCUGCACUAUUUUAAACUCCGUGGACGCGCUGAGGUGUGCCGUAUGCUGUUUGCUGCCGCUGGUGUUAGUUUUAAUGACCGAAGGAUCGACUAUUCGGAAUGGAACAACUACAGGAGCAAGAUGCCCUGCAACAUGAUGCCGAUGUUGGAAAUAGACAACAGAUACGAGAUACCGCAGAGUAUGGCUAUUUGCAGGUACCUCGCCCGGGAAUUCGGUUUCCAUGGAAGAAAUAACAUUGACAUGGCCAGAGUUGAUUACAUCAUGGACUGUUUCUAUGAAAUUAUGGAAGAUUAUAUGAGAAUGUACCAGGACUCCAAUGGUAGAAUGAUGUUCGAUAGAAUAUCUGACAUGCGCAGUAUGUACCAUCAGAAGUUCGAAAACAUGGGUGGCGUCAUGUCAUCUUCCAGGAUGAAUCAAGGUAUGUUUUCAGGAAUGCAAUCCUCCAUGUCAUCAAUGUCAUCGAUGUCAUCAGGAAUGGACUCAUCCAUGUCAUCAGGAUUUGGAAACUACUCCUUCAACGAAGACAGCAUGUGUGAACGUAGGCAGCGAUUUAGAAAUACAUGCCAGAGAAUCCUCCCUUUCAUGGAAAAAACUUUGGAAAUGCGUCAAAGUGGAAACCGCUUCUUUAUGGGUGACUACUUGACUGUGUGCGACAUGAUGUGUUUCUGUGUCCUUGAGAAUCCACUACGUGAAGAACUAUCAUUGCUGAACAGCUACCCGAAACUGCGAGCUCUACGUGAUCGCGUUGCAUCUCACUCGAAGAUUUCGAACUACAUCAGGCAACGUACUAUGACUGAUUUUUAAGAUGAUCUUCACAGUAGCCUACAAAACCUCAAACUGGAAUUUGGAUAUGAAAAUAGAUGUAGAGAAAUUAUGUAGUAAAGCGACAUCACAAUAAAGAGAGAAACCUGAAGUUGUAUGAAAACAACAAAAGCUAAACAAAAACUGUUUACGAUUUUAAUAUAAAUGUAUCAAGAAGAGAAAGAAAUACCCAGCCUAAAUAUUGUAAUAUUCUGCAGUCCUUGACUUUGCAAAGAUGUUAUUAUUUAGUGCAGCCAUCUUGGUAAGAAACCGGAGAAUUUCAUUGGUUGCAAUUUAGUUCUAUAUUGUAUUAUGUACUUAUGACAGAAAGAGUAAUAAAUAAUGUAUAACAGAG